UAUGACAGCCAUUUACACAUUGCUGCUAUUUUCAUUAUCAUGGCUACUUCAUUUAUAGGCACUCUGCUGCCAAUCCUUGGUAAAAAAUUAAUUCAAACCUUUAUUGUGACAUUGAAACUUUUUGGAGCUGGUGUUAUUCUAGCUACUGCCCUGGUACACAUGUUCAUUCCGGCCACUCAGGCACUCACCAAUCCGUGUCUUCCUCAAACCUUUACCGGGUACCCUGCAUUUUCUGCCGUGUUUGCUAUUGGCGGCAUCUUUCUUACUCACCUUAUCCAAGUCUUUGCCGGGCAUGCAAUCAAAUCUCGUCAAAAAGAGGCAUCCAUGUCACUGGACAAGACUGCCAUCACUGCUGCGGGCCAAGUCACUACUCCCUCCUCGGAUCUGACUCAUCACGAAGGCCAUACUCAUGGUGGUGCACUGAUGCACGCUCAAGAAAUGCAGUUGAUGGUGUACUUACUUGAGCUCGGUAUUGCAUCUCACUCCAUUAUUAUUGGUAUCACCCUGGGUAUUGUCACUGAUGAAUUCAAGACACUUUUGAUCGCAUUGUGCUUUCACCAGUUUUUUGAAGGACUCGCACUUUCUGCCAUUGUGAUCGAGGCAGAUUUCAAGAAAAUGACCAUGGCGGUAUGCAUGGUUAUUUUUUACACCCUGACCACACCCAUUGGAAUCGUUAUUGGUGUUAGUAUUCGCGAAUUUUACAAUGCCAAUGGAACUCAAACUCUUAUUUCUACUGGGGCUUUGGAUGCUAUUAGUUCUGGUAUUUUGUUGUACGAUGCUCUUGUCAAUGUGAUUUUCCCACACUUUUCUGCAGAAAGCUUCAAUAGCUUGUCGCCUAUACGGAAAAUACUGCAGCUCGUUACAAUGUAUCUUGGAUGUGCCAUUAUGAGUUUUAUUGGAGUUUGGGCAUAA